AUGGCGGGGAGAGUAUGCCACCAGAACUCCCUCUCGGACCCAUUCGCCAUUACUGGUGGCCUGAAGCAGGGGUGUGUUCUGGCACCAACGUGUUUCUCUCUCUACACAGCAGCAAUGCUAAAUGAGAUACCACCAGACACACCCUCAAUUGACCUGCGUUACCGCUUGGAUGGAGGAGUUUUCAGCCUCGUUCGACUUCGUGCCAGAUCCAAGACUACCAUGUGUUCGGUACGGGAGCUGCAGUACGCUGACGACAAUGCCACCCCAGGUCAGACUGCAGAUGACCUCCAGUCACUAGCGGACGCAUACAACACGGCUUAUGAACGAUUUGGGAUGCAGAUCAACACAGAAAAGACCAAAUUAUUAGUUCAACCACCACCCAGACUGUCGCUCCCAAACACUAAUACCACUGUCAAUGGCCAACCGCUGGAGCAAUUAGAUCAGCUCUCGUAUCUGGGGAGCAUUCUGACAUCAACACCCACAUGCAGAAAGGACGUGGAGAUAGAAUCAGGGCAGCCCCACUCCGCCUUUGGCCGACUCAACUGCCGCAUAUUUAAAACCCACGCACUGACGAUGGCUUCCAAAAUCCUGGUCUUCCGGGCAAAACUGCCAGGGACCGAACGACGUGGAGGAGAUCAAUACGCGAUGACAUACGCGAGGAAAAAAGGAGGGAGAAUGAAGAGGCAAUGCGACGAAGGGGAAGAGAACGCCGUGGAUAACACCCGUCCUCCCCUACCCUCCCAUGUGAGCACUAUCCGCGACUAUUCCACCUUGCAAGUUAUGUCAAACAUAAACAACAACCGUGAAGAUAGGACUCAGACACGACUGGGAGCCGAGGACGACGACGACGAUUAG